AUGGUUGAGCAUCAAAGAAUUAUCCGUGAGGCUGAAGUGAAAGAGAAAGCAAAACGCGAAGCUCAGAACGAAGCUGUGGAUUUGCUGAUUCAAUAUUGGCCGGAAACAGUUGUGUCAUUCGAGCUUCAGAAUACACAAGAUUCGCAGUUGGACCUGCCAAUAACUUCGAAAGCCUUCAAGUUUCGCUCUUUUGUGAAAGUAGCGAAUGUCCCAUCCACUGAUAGCGGCGCUAAUCAUUUGCUAUUCUCGUUUCAUCUCAACCACAUGAAGCCACAAUACGAAAAGUGGAGGGCUAUCAAGACUAUUGCAGUGAAGGUCAUAGGUCCAAUUCAAACCGACAGCUACCCAAACGCGAAGUUCAAGGUUGUGAGAAGUUCUGCUAGUCAGGUUCACGAAUUCACUCUCGCAGACUUGACUAGCCUCAAUCCCUAUGACUGGAUCAUGGUUUACAAUUUGCUGCUGAGAGACAGACAGAAGUAUGAGCCCGUUAUUGCACACCUCAAACUGAUGAUAGUUUCGUAUGUUCAAGAGGUAGGCAAAAUGGAUGUGGAAAUAGUUGUUGUACUACGAAGGAAGCCCUAUGUUCUCCCUAAAGAAGUUCCAGAAGGUUUUGAGAAGUUGAAACCUGGGAAGAUAUAA